AUGGGCGAUUAUUCUGUACGAGAAGAAAGCUAUCGCAUCUUGCGUGAGUGUCUGCUCGGAGACUCGCGGCUUGCCUUGCCACCCUCUUUCGCGGAAGCGGCGGAAAAGAUUACUUUCACUGGCGACGAUCCGAAGCCUUUUGUUCCUACGCCGUGCAAGAUAACCGAGUCUGCGUCUUCGCUGACAGCUCUCGUUGCGGCUGCAGCUAGUGCUAUAGCAGCGGAUCGAUAUGGAAUUGACUAUCAGAAUAUCGAGGUUAAUACUGACCUUGCAACACUCUUUUUAGAGUCGGUCAUGCUUCCAACCAUCAACGGCAAAAUGUUUCUUCAGAACCCCCAGCUGAUGGCGGAAAUCAAGAAAGGAGAUUUAUACGACAACCAGAAGCCUAUCCACCAGCAAUCCACCAACGUCUACAAGACCAAAGACGGUCGUUUCUAUCAUCUUCAUGGAUCUAUGAACGCAGGCCCAACGAUGGAAAUGCUUGGUGUCCAAGAGCAGGAUGUUUCCAGAGAGGAAGCCAUUGAGAUUUACGCCGACAAGGUGGCACAGUAUAAUGCAGAGGUCCUUGAGAAGCAGGCCAAUGACAAGUUUAAACAAGCUGGCGUAACUUGUCUCACCCCGGAAGAGUUCUUUGAAACGGAGCAGGGCAAGAUCAUAGGCGCUGAGCCGCUAUGGAAUACCAGGUCCGUUCCUGCACCGAAGAGCCGGUGGCCAGCAAAUGAGAGCGAGGGCCCAGAAGCAUCGGGUUUCAAGCCACUUGCCGGUAUUCGCGUCAUCGACUUCUCGCGAGUUAUCGCUGCGCCCGUCAUCUCCAAGAUCCUUGCUGUCCUUGGUGCGGAUGUCAUCAAGGUGACAACCAAAGACCUUCCCGACAUCUCACCAUUGUGGGUGGACCUCAGCACUGGGAAACGAGACACCGAUAUCAAUCUAAAGAGCCAGGAGGGGAAGAGGGCCUUUUCUGAGCUUCUGAAAGGUGCUGAUGUGUUGGUUGAUGGAUAUCGCCCUGGAGCGUUGGCGCGCCUUGGUUUUGACUCUGAAAGUCUCCGCAAGGUGAAUGAUAGACUGAUCUAUGUGCGGGAGAAUUGCUACGGAUUUAAAGGACCUUUGAGUCAUCGAUCCGGCUGGCAGCAGAUCAGUGACUGCCUUGUUGGCAUCUCCUGGCUACAGGGUCGAUUCCUCGGUCUCAAUGAGCCGGUCGUUCCGCUUUUGCCAAACUCGGACUAUCAAACUGGGAUUGUUGGUGCAAUUGCAAUCCUCCAAGCUCUACUACAGCGCACAAAGGACGAUGCCACCUUUGACAUCGACGUCAGUUUGACACAGUAUAACAUCUGGUAUUAUAGACUUGGUCAAUACGACGAAGUGCAGGCAAAGGAGCUCCUGGAGCGCAACGAAGGCUUCUCGGCUCACCACACCGACGACAUGCAGGUCUUGUUGUUCAAGACGCAUGCUGCGAUGCACAAGGCGAGGCCGGAUCUUCUGAAGCAUCCUGAGUAUUUUUGGAAUAUGUCUGGGAAGGAGUGGGGUCUUGAGGAUGAUAUUACAAUCUUGGCGCCUGCAUUCAAGUUUGAAAAGUCGAAACUGGGAUAUGCUAUGCCUUCGGGGUCGAGAGGAAGAUCUAAGGCUGAGUGGUAG